AUGAAGCUGGCCUCCGCACUUGCCGUUGUGGCAGCUUGCGGCUCAUCACUCGCUUCUGACCUGAGCCCCCCGGUCAUCCAUACUCACUAUGGAACCAUUCACGGCGGUCUCUCCCCUUUCCGUGGAGGCGACAAAGCUUUCGUUUACAAAGGAAUUCCAUAUGCUCAGCCGCCCACCGGUGCAAACCGCUGGACCCAAGUAUCUGGCCCAAGCUACUGGGGGAAGUUGAAUGCCACUGAAUUCGGCCCACAAUGUGCCCAAACAAUCAGCGACGCGGGGAUCUUCUCUAGUGGCAAGAACACAACCAGCGAAGAUUGUCUAUACAUGAACAUCUGGACACCGGCGUACAAGAACCAAACCGAUAUGUCCUCCAAAAAACUUCCCGUGCUUUUCUGGAUCUACGGUGGUCGUUUCACAGGUGGCUCUGGUGAUGUCAAGACUUACGAUGGAACCGGUUUCGCGCAAAAAGACAUCAUUGUGGUCACAAUCAACUACCGUCUCGGACCCUUUGGAUACCUGGCGCAUCCUGAGUUGAGUGCUGAAUCAGGCGAAAAUAGUUCGGGUAACUAUGGUAUCUUGGAUCAGCAGGCUGCUCUGCACUGGGUCAACGAGAAUAUUGCCAAGUUUGGUGGUGACCCUGAUCAAAUCACCGUUGGUGGACAGUCCGCUGGCUCGGCUAGUGCUCUCGAUGCUAUGUGGAGCCCCCUGGCUGAGGGUCUUGCAGCUGGUGUUAUUGCGGAGAGCGGUGCACGCGGUCCCCAUGAUCCAAUGACUGGUACGGUGGCUACUUCAUACCGCACCAAGAAGGCCGCUGAAGCACAAGGAGUCAGAUUCCUGAAGACCAUGGGAGUCAAAUCCAUUGCUGAGCUCCGGAAUGUAUCUAUGGAUAGCCUUCUUGAAUACGAUGGACUUUCCGACACUAUCUGGGAGGGAACCCCCUUCGAAAACUUCACUGCUGCAUUUAUGGAACCGCCUAUGUGGCGUCCCAACAUCGAUGGCUACGUCUUUCCCGACACCUACUCUGAAGCUUUGCGUAACAACUCCCAUGCCAACAUCCCCAUCUUGACCGGAAACAACGCCGAUGAGUCUGGUGCGACUCCAACCCUCACCUACUCUGCCUCAAGAUACCACGAUCUCUUCAGCAACCUUUUCGGUGAUCUUUCCGACGAAUUCUUCUCCCUCUACCCAGGUCAAAACAGAUCCCAGGCCGCGGAAAGCGGCAAGGAGUUUUGGAGAGACCUGUCCCGUGUUGGAACUUGGCGCUGGGGUCUUGACUGGGCUGCUGGCGGCGCCAAUGCAUCAGUCUACACCUACUACUUCAACCAUUGGCCUGCCGAACAAAAGUCAGGGGGUGCUUACCACGGCAGUGAGCUUUGGUAUACCUUCAACAACUUGCCGUACAGCUCAUACUCAAAUGUGACAUGGUCGGAAGAGGAUUACGCUAUUGAGACCAAGAUGGCAAACUAUUGGGCCAACUUUAUUCGCAAUGGUAACCCCAACGGUGAUGGCCAGCCUCAAUGGAAGGCCUCCAAGAAGGAGCCAGAGACUAUGUGGCUGGGAGACCAGUGGGAAAUGGGUCCCCUGACCACAAACAGCAAGCGUAUCCAGUUUCUGCACAAGUGGACUUCUACCUUGCCUGCCUGGUAA